UCCUGCAUUGUAAUCAACCGAAAUACAUAUAUGUUUAUAUAUGUAUGUUGUCUAGAUCACUUUGUCGAUAAGCUCCUUCCUGUUUGCUUGAAGAAAAAUUGCUUCUACAGUAAAGCUAUGAUGACCUGUUGAGGUUGACAAUCUGCUCAUAUUCACAGACAUAUAUACAUACAGACAGAUAAUAUAUGGGUUUAUACAAAAAGAACGUCAUUAUAUGUAGACACUAUUAUAUGAAUCAAGACUUACUUUACAUAAUACCCAUAUGUUGCUUUCAACAUUGAUAGUUAAAUUAUUUUUGCCUUCAAAAUGUUAACAAUGGUAAUUAUGUAAAUAGUGACAUGGGAACCAAUGAUAGGUAUGGCUGCCAAUCAAUCUCUCAUUUUCUUUCCUUUUUGCUGCCUUUUUUUCUCAGUUAAACAAUAAGGUGGAGAUAUUAUUAGAAGUGAUAAGAAGUUAAAUCAUGAAAUCACUUUACAAUAAGGUCUAAUUUUGAUGAUAAUAAAAAAUAAAAGGCUUAAGUUUGAGUUGAAGAGAAAGGAGGUCAAACAAUUAAAGUUCAUUAUCUUUGCAAUCACUCAAAAGUUGUUCUACACUACCAAACAGGUCAAAUCACAGUAGCUAUAUGAACCAAUUCUAAUUUUCUCUUCACAAAUUAUGUAAAUUCUAUCACCUAAGCAAAACCCAGACACGCCUCAUCCAUCUAUAUAUAUUUACACUACAUUGUAAGCUUCUGCAGUAUAUGUGCAGAAAAAAUAAGUGCUUCAAGGCACCCAAGUAAUUAAAAUUCUUGACCAUAUAAAUAUAAGAAAGAAAACAUACAGGGAGGUGAAAAAUGGGAGCUUCUCUUCGUCCACGAAAAGCAUUUUUCGGAGCUUGUCUACUCUUAUUCAUCAGCAUAUGCAGUCUUCUUCCGAACCCAGCACUUGGCAUCACAAGGCAUUACAAGUUUGAUAUCAAAUUGCAAAAUGUAACACGUCUUUGCCAUACCAAGAGCCUUGUAUUGGUAAAUGGCAAGUUCCCAGGACCUCAGCUUGUAGCAAGGGAAGGUGACCGUCUACUUAUUAAAGUUCUUAACCAUGUCCCAAAUAAUAUUUCCAUCCACUGGCAUGGGAUUCGACAGCUUCGGACAGGGUGGGCUGAUGGACCAGCUUAUGUGACUCAAUGCCCCAUACAAACUGGCCAGAGUUAUGUGUAUAACUACACCAUUGUUGGCCAACGGGGCACUCUCUUCUGGCAUGCUCACAUUUCAUGGCUAAGAUCAACUCUCUAUGGUCCCAUAAUUAUCCUUCCCAAGCAUGGUGUUCCUUACCCAUUUACCAAACCUCACAAGGAAGUUCCUAUAAUUUUUGGAGAGUGGUUCAAUGCAGAUCCUGAGGCAAUCAUUAACCAGGCACUCCAAACAGGCGGAGGCCCAAAUGUUUCUGAUGCCUAUACCAUCAAUGGACUACCAGGACCUUUGUACAACUGCUCUGCUAAAGAUACAUUUAAGCUGAAGGUAAAGCAUGGCAAGACAUACCUUCUACGCCUGAUCAAUGCUGCACUUAACGAUGAGCUCUUCUUCAGCAUUGCAAAUCACACGCUAACAGUUGUUGAAGUGGAUGCUGGCUAUGUCAAACCAUUUGAAACCAAAACAAUUUUGAUUGCACCAGGACAAACCACAAAUGUGCUACUCAAGACCAAACCUCACUUCCCCAAUGCCACCUUCUUCAUGACUGCUAGACCUUAUGUGACAGGCCAAGGCACUUUUGAUAACUCAACAGUUGCUGGUAUUUUAGAAUAUGAGUUUCCACCGAAUACCAUUCACUCAGGAGUCUCAACUAAGAAUCUUGCUCUUUUCAAACCAGUUCUUCCUCCUCUAAAUGACACCUCUUUCGCUACAAAUUUUACAAAUAAACUCCGUAGCUUGGCAAGUAAAGAAUUCCCUGCCAAUGUGCCCCAAAAGGUUGAUAGGCGAUUUUUCUUCACAGUUGGCCUUGGAACUAAUCCUUGCCAACACAACAAUACCUGCCAGGGGCCUAAUGGAACCAAGUUUGCAGCCUCUAUUAACAACAUCUCGUUUUCAAUGCCAACAACAGCUCUUCUUCAAGCUCACUUCUUUGGACAAUCAAAUGGGGUUUACAGCGCUAAUUUUCCUAGCGCUCCCAUUAUUCCUUUUAAUUAUACAGGAACUCCACCCAAUAACACAAUGGUUAGCAAUGGAACAAAGCUGGUGGUGCUCCCUUUCAACACUAGUGUGGAGCUAGUGAUGCAGGACACAAGCAUACUCGGGGCAGAGAGUCACCCACUUCACUUGCAUGGCUUCAAUUUCUUUGUUGUUGGUCAAGGUUUUGGGAAUUUUGAUGCAAAUAAGGAUCCUGCAACCUUCAACCUGGUUGACCCUGUUGAAAGGAACACCGUUGGCGUACCUUCAGGUGGUUGGGUAGCAAUUCGGUUUCUGGCAGACAACCCAGGGGUAUGGUUCAUGCAUUGCCACCUGGAAGUCCACACUAGUUGGGGUCUAAAGAUGGCUUGGGUUGUUUCAGAUGGAAAACUCCCCAACCAGAAGAUACCGCCUCCACCAAAUGAUCUUCCCAAGUGUUGA